AAUCCUGUGAUGAGAGGAUCAUGGAGGGAGCUUCACCUUCUGCAAACCAAAUGAAGAAGAGAUGGGAGGAGCAAAUCUCUGAGUCUAAUAUCUCUCUUCGACCUCUACAACUCUCAGACUUAGAUGCUUUCAUGGCGUGGGCAUCAGAUGAUCAGGUGUCUCGCUUCUGCACUUGGAACACCUACACUUCUAAGGAAGCUGCAUUGAAUUAUAUAAAAGACACUGUUCUUCCCCACCCUUGGUACAGAGCUAUAUGCUUCAAGAACCAAGUGGUCGGCGGGAUCUCAGUGAACAAACCAAAAUCCGGCGACGACUCUUGCCGGCGGGAGCUGGCUUAUGGGUUGGCGGCCAAGUACUGGGGCCGUGGGAUUGCUACUCAGGCGGUGAAGUUGGUGGUGUCUUCUAUAUUUAAGGAGUGUCCUUAUCUGAUCAGGCUUGAAGCCAUGGUGGAUGUUGAUAAUAUAGGGUCACAGAGGGUCCUUGAAAAGGCAGGGUUCCAUAAGGAAGGUGUUCUUAGGAAAUAUAUUAUUGUUAAAGGCAGAAUUGUGGAUGUGGUGAUGUAUAGUUUUCUCUCCACUGAACUAAAGCUUGUGGAUUAAAAUGGUUAAUAGUUCUCAACCCAUGAAAAAUAAAAUUAAAAGAUUAUAUAUAUAGUUUGUAAUUAAUUU